AUGUCAGACAAGGCAAGAUAUGCAAUUGAAAGGUCUAUUCCUGAGCUUGAAGACCUUGAGAAGAAGGGUCUAUUUAGCAAAAAAGAAAUCAGUAUGAUUGUUCGUCGUAGAACUGAUUUUGAACACAGAAUUGCAGGACGUGGGUCAAAACCUCGUGAUUUCCUUGCAUAUGUGAAAUUUGAGAAAAAUGUUGACAGGCUAAGAAAGAAGCGUGCUGAGCGUAUGAAGGAAGUUAUGGAUAAAAUGCCAAGUAUUAGUACAUGGUCGAUUUCACAGAGGAUUUUAUUUAUUUUCCAAAGAGGAACCAAUAAAUAUCCAAGUAAUAUGGAACUGUGGGCUGGUUAUCUGAAAUAUGCCAGAAGUCAAGAGAGUGUUAAGGUUGUGUAUGAUGUUUACUCCAAGCUCUUAUCCUUACAACCCAGAAAUGUCGACGUUUGGUUGAGUGGAGCUAAAUGGGAAUUUGAAUAUAAUAAGAAUGUGAAAGGAGCAAGAGCGUUAUUCAAACGUUGCCUUAGAUUUAAUAUUGAAGAAGAGAGAGUGUGGACUGAAUUUAUCAAAUUUGAACUAAACUACUUGAGUAAGUUGCUCGCUAGGAGGAAAUUAUUACAAUUAGUUAGUGAGCGUCAGCAACGUGAGGAUUUGGAGGAAGAAGAACGAAAGAGAAAGAAGGUUGAUGAAAACGGUGAGGAAAUUGAAGAUGAAGAUAUUCUCAAAUUGGAAGUUGAUGACAACGAAAUAAACAAUGAAUUGAACCAAUUGCCAGAAAUGAAUGUAUCUACACUUGGAAGUAUCGAAGACAAUCCAGUUCUACGCGGUGAUUUAGUGAUGGCCAUUUACGAUGUCUUCGUUGCGACUAUGGUUAAGAGGGUGGAAUCCCAAGACAAAAGAAAUUGUGUUUUCAGAAUUGCCAACAACGUAUUAUCAAUUAUUGAUAGAUUUGAUAUUUUGGAGAGGACCCAUAUGUGUGACUACAUUAUCAAAGACUUGAAUGCAAGAUUCCCAACCGAUGUUCCAUGUAUUUUACUACAAUUGACCUUACCUUUAAGAUACUUAUCUAUCAAAGACGAUGAUUUCAUUUCGGGAUUACAACAAAAUGUCAAGUUAUACCAAGCGUGGUAUUCUAAAUCACCACUGGAUGAAAAAAUCAAGAAUGAGGUCAAGCCGGCGUACGCUGAAUAUAUCAGUAACAGGUUCCUUUCAGUUGCGGAAGGGGAUACUGAACAGUUAUUGAGUUUACUGAUCAAAAAACUUUAA